AUCCGUUGAACCGUCUCCUCAUUCUUAAUCAUGCCAUCAUCAUUAAAUGAAUUUAUUCUGUCUGUUUAAUUGAGAUAUUUCAAGUCACCUUUAUUUUUCUUUGGCCCAUUAGAACACAGCCAAACAUGUCAGCAUCUCGGCAAUACGACAUCGUAGUCUUUGGUGCCACAGGUUACACUGGGAAACUUACAGCAGAACAUAUCGCCACUGAACUGCCUACGGAUUUGAAAUGGGCUCUUGCUGGACGUUCAGAAAGCAAAUUGGAAGCUGUUGCUGCUGAAUGCACAGUUCUCAACCCCGACAGAGUGCAGCCCGCCAUUGAAGUCUGCAAUCUGGAAGAUGCAGAGUUGAGCGCAUUGGCCAAGAAGGCAAAGCUCUUCAUAUCAACUGUCGGUCCAUAUUGCAUCUACGGAGAACAUGCCUUCAAGGCGUGUGCAGAGAAUGGCACCCACUAUCUCGACGUCACUGGCGAAGUACUCUAUGUCAAGAACAUGAUCGAGAAAUAUGAGAAGACAGCCCAAGCAACAGGAGCCAUCAUGGUCCCCCAAAUUGGCAUUGAUUCAGCACCAGCGGAUCUGGUCACGUGGACGCUGGUUAACAUGAUUCGGAACCGAUUCUCUGCACCAACAGCUGAGGCUAUUGUAUCUGUUCACGAAAUAAAUGCGAAACCUUCUGGCGGAACCCUGAACACAAUCUUCACUCUCUUCGACAACUACAGCUUCAAGGAACUAGAAGCGGCCCAAGUGCCUUACACCAUAUCUCCCAUCCCAGGCCCAAAGACCCGCGAUCCGAAUUCGAUGAUCACCAAAAUCUUCGGAGUCCGUGUCGUCCCAGAUCUCGGAAUCCUGACAACAUCCAUGGGACGAGUUUCAGACAUACCAAUCGUCCAGCGCUCCUGGGGUCUCUUGGGCGGGGCCGAUUUCUACGGCCCCAACUUCCGGUUCAGCGAAUUCCUGAAGUCUCGCAACUACCUCACGGCCGUCAUCACGCAUUUCACAUUAGUGUUCGGAGGUCUCAUGAUCGCCAUUCCUUUCGUCAGAAAGAUGGCGAGAAGCUAUGUUUACAAGCCCGGCGACGGCCCUACCAAAGAGGAGUCCAAGAAUGAUAGAGUCGAAUAUAGGGGCAUUGCAACGCCGGAUGUGAAGAUCCCGAAACCUCCUCGGGCUUUUUGCACGGCUCGGUAUGAGGGUAAUUUGUAUGAUUUCACGGCUCUCUCGCUAUCACAGGCGGCGGUCUCGAUUCUGUUAGAUAAUCACAAACUUUCUGGUGGGAUUUACACUCCUGCAUGCUUGGGCCAGAAGUUUAUUGAUCGACUCGAUGGGGCUGGAUUCAAGUUCGAGACAAAGUUCUUUGAGAAUUGAUUGGCAAUCAGAAGCAUUUCUGUGUAAAUUUUCGGAUGACAGGAGAGUCAGAUGUUUGAGUACGUAUGUUGGUAGUUGGAAGUAGAGUUACGCACAUCUGAUCAAAUUGACGGGUCAAAUCCCCUCCAGCCAUGGGCUGCGUCGAUGCCAAGCGC